AUGGACUAUGAAUUCAAGACGAAGCUCGCCGGUGAGCGGUACAAGGUGGAGGAGCAGUUUGAGUAUGAGGGCUGCAAGGUCGGUCGCGGGACGUACGGUCAUGUGUACAAGGCGCGGCCAAAAGAUGCAAAGGACGACCGAGUGUACGCACUGAAGCAGAUUGAAGGCAGCGGCAUCUCCAUGUCGGCGUGUCGAGAAAUUGCCCUCCUCCGUGAACUGAAACACAUCAACGUGAUCAACCUGCAGCGAGUCUUUCUCUCGCACAGCGACCGUCGAGUGUGGCUGCUCUUUGACUACGCCGAGCAUGAUCUUUGGCACAUCAUCAAGUUCCACCGAAGCGCCAAGGCGAACAAGAAGACGGUGAACGUGGCGAAGGGCAUGGUCAAGUCGCUGAUCUUUCAAAUUCUUGCCGGAAUCCAUUACCUCCACUGCAACUGGAUCCUCCACCGCGACCUGAAACCUGCCAACAUUCUGGUGAUGGGCGAGGGCAGAGAGCGAGGCCGCGUGAAGAUUGCCGACAUGGGUUUCGCCCGCCUCUUCAACAAUCCCCUGAAGGCGCUCGCAGAUCUGGACCCGGUGGUGGUCACCUUCUGGUACCGGGCGCCGGAGCUGCUGCUCGGCGCCCGCCACUACACCAAGGCGAUCGACAUCUGGGCCAUUGGGUGCAUCUUCGCGGAGCUGCUCACCUCGGAGCCGAUCUUUCACUGUCGACAGGAGGACAUCAAGACGAGCAAUCCCUACCACCAGGACCAGCUGGACCGCAUCUUCAAUGUGAUGGGCUUUCCGCAAGACAAGGACUGGGAGGACAUUCGGCGGAUGCCGGAGCACCCGACGCUGCAGAAGAACUUUAAACGCUCAAACUACGCCAACUGCUCGCUGGUCAAGUACAUGGAAAAGCACAAGGUCAAGUCGGACACGAAAGCCUUUACACUGCUCUCCAAGCUACUGUUGAUGGACCCCACCAAACGCCUGUCCUCGGAGACGGCCAUGCAGGACCCCUACUUUACCGAAGAUCCACUGCCGACGCAAGAUGUUUUCGCCGGCAUGAUCAUUCCCUAUCCGAAGCGCGAGUUCCUCACCGACGACGACAAUGAUGAACACCACAACAACCACGCCAACAACCAGCAGAAUGCCGCCGCGCAGCAACAACAGCAGCAGAAUGCUCAACAGCAGCAGCAGCAACAUCACGCCCAACAAAGUGAACUGCAGAAGGCACAGCAGCAGCAACAACAACACCAACAGCAACAACAACAACAACAACAACAUCACCAGCAACAGCAGCACCACCUACACGAGCCACAGAACAAGCGAGUGCGAAUCGCCAGCGGCAUGAGUGGUCCCAAUGGACCGCCCAAUGCGAACCUCUUCUCGAGCAAUGGCGGCGGUGGAGGUGGUGGUGGUGGUGGUCCCGGCAACCACAACCAGUUUGGGGGCGGUGGUGGACAGCGGUUCGGCUAG